AUGAGCUUCCACAGUCGCAGUUCCAGUGAAAUCGAAACCAUACCAUAUGGUGAGAUUUUGUUAACAUUUGUCAAAGAUUUUGAAAAAGAUUUCGAUUUUGCCGAUGUCAAGGAAAAAUUACGUGAUCUUUUUCUCAAACCGGAAUUGGAUUAUAUUGAAGAAGCAAAAGGCAAAGAACAAAUUUUACACUUAAUAUGGGUAUUGGCAAUAAAACCAGAUGAUUUGGUUAUGCAAUUCUUAGAUGCCAUUGCCUAUGACUAUCCAUGGAUUGUGGAUAAAAUAAAAAGUGAAUUUGUUAUACAUGGUGCGUAUACAGAAUUGUAUAUGGAAAAGUUGCGUACCAUACAAAGUAAUAAUGAACUGCAUACGCAAUAUAAUGUACAUCGUACUAAGCCGUUUAUGGAAUUAUCCCGCAAACUUCGACGCCUCAAUCCCAAAAUAACCCACAAUACUGUUGUACUACUGGGCGAUCUGGGUAGUGGUAAAAAAUGGUUAGCCCUUGAUGUCUGUUCCGAUUUUACUGUUAUGAAACAUAUGGAUUUUAAUAUAUUCUGGAUUGAUUGUAUCAAAUGUACAAAUGCCCAAGAAGAUUAUCUGGCCCUUCGACAAUUAAUGUUUAAAUUAAAUCGUGAUUUUGAUUUUCUAAAUGAAAAUAUAAAUGCUACCAAUAUUACCCAUAAAAUCGCAUCGCUUAAAGCAAAAAUUCAAAAUUUAUUAGAAUCAAAAGAAUAUAAAAACUGUCUCAUCGUACUGGCAAAUGUACAAAAUACCAAAGCUGAAGCGGUCUUCAAAUUUGUGUGUAAACGUUUGAUAAUAACCCGGAAUCAAAAGGUCUACGAUACCCUACCGGAUAAGGUGAAUCUAAAAAUGAAAUUAAGCGAAGAGAUGACCCUAAAAGAAUUUCAUUUUAUGUUGGACAAGUACAUAAGGAAAUAUAAAUGGCGUGAAGUGAAUCCGUCCUAUGCCAAUGAUAUCUUUUAUGCCAGUAAUGCUGAUCCAUAUAUUUUGAGUAUAAUUGCCAGACAAUUGCAAUACAAAAGAUCCAAUUGGGAUGAAUGGAAAAGGAAUUUGGAUACCUUGCAGAUCCCCGAUGACAAAUUCAAACGGGACAUAGAAAAUUCCUUAUCAUCAUUGUCACCCGAUCAAUUGCAAUUGUAUGCCACCUUAUCAAUAUUUCCACAUUGUGCUGAAAUACCAGUCAAGCUCCUUGCAAACUUAUGGCAAAAAUCCCUCAACGAAACUGAAAAAAUCAUUGAUAAAUUCCAUAGCAAAUCAUUUGUCAAAAAGAAGUUAUUGAGCGAUGAUGAUACGACCGUUUGUAGUUUAAAAUAUGUCUAUAGUUCGUACAUAAAAAACUGUCCGAAUAUACAAAAACUCAUCAAUGCCCAGCAAUUGCAUAGGGCUGUUAUUGAUUAUUACAAGGUCCAAGAACAUUUGGAUAUACGCAAAGAUGUCGAUUUAUAUUUUGCCACGGAACAUGAUAAUUAUUUCUUUCAAUGUCUGGGCUAUCAUUUAUAUGGCGCCAAGUAUAUAAAUCUCUUUCAUCGGCUUUAUACAGAUUUUGGUUUUUUGGGACAAAAAAUGCGUCAUGUUGGAUUGCGCAAUACCAUUGCGGAUCUUAAAUAUUAUGAAAAUGAAAUCAUUGCGGAUGGUCCAGUGAAUAUUGUAAAAAAGUUGAUAAUGUUUUUGCCCAAAGUGGAGGAGAAACUUUUGCAUGCUCCCGAUUGUUGUCUACUGCAAUAUGCCCUGCUGGCCAAUGAGGAGGUUAUAAAACAAAUGGCCUUACAGCAGAUACAGCAAUUUCCACGAAGAAUGUGGUUUUUGGAAACGGGCCGUUUCCAUCAGCGACGUUUUAUCCACAAGUUACACAGUAGCUGUAAAUUGAUACGCAUUUUGGAAUCCGAUAUUUGUAUAGCAGUAUUGCAUAAUAAUGAAACCUAUUUGGUGGAUAUUUCUCUGGAAACAUUGUGUGAACAUGUCCAAUUGAUUAGGCAAUCACCGGUGAAUAUUAUCGACAUAAAACCUUUCAAUGAUACCAAUCAUUUGCUAACACUGGAUUCAAUGGGCCAACUGAAAUUAUGGAAAAUUUCCGAUGAAAUUCGACGCAUGAUUGCCCAACGUCGUAAUCCUGAUGCCAAUUUCAAUCCAGAUGAAUACAAAUUGUGCCCCCAACAAAUACCCAGUUGCACGUUUAAACAGUGUAUUAACGAUGUCAUUCCUGGGCUAAGACGUAUCGUAUCUUUUUACCUUGAAUCUGCGGGUGACAAUAAAUUACAUGUAGCCUUGGAUAAUGGCAAUAUUAUAAUACUCGAUUUUACCACAGAGGAAUUCCGCACCAACAACGGUUAUAUGCCAUGCAAAACCGAUAUAAUGGACAUCAAGUGUGUAUGCAAAAUAAAAACCCAUUGGAUGAUUUUGCACAACAGUGCAGAGACCCCAGUGGACAUAACGUUCAUAAAUCAACGCAACACCGGCAAGGAGCAGAUACGUUUCAAUUGGUCCAGGGACCUCAAAAACUUUAUCUACUACGAAGUGUGUGGUGAUGACAUUUUAAUGGUCUUUCAAAAUGCCAUUGUACGUUUACGGCCCGAGUUCUAUGCCGGCUAUGUGGAUGGUAGUGUGGAAGUGUUAUUCGAAAACGAUAAUUUCAAUAUUACCUGUGCCAAAUAUUCCCUGACCUAUAACUAUCUGAUGGUGGGGUCCAAUCAAGGUCUCCACGUUUUCGAUUUAGCCAAACCUCUGAAAGUUUUGGAGAGUAUAGUUAGUGAAAAUAUCACUUCGAUUGAUAUUUACGAUUUGGACGAUGAAGAAUUCCAAUGUAUGGUCACAUGUGGUUUGAAGCACAAGAAGAUAAUAUAUCUAUUGGGCUUGUGCAAAACACCCGAAGGCAGGUUGGACUGGCAACACAAUAUUAUGUACAAUGCUGGCAAUGAUUUGGCAGUGGGUGAGCAGCUGGGUGCUGUACGUUUCAAGGGAAAACGGAUGUUUGAUGUGGCCUGCUAUGAUGGUGAGAAUUUUAUCUAUGCCGUGGAUAGUGAAAAUCGAAUUCAUCAGAUAUCCACAACGGAUGCCAAAAAUUGGAAAAUCCUCAAUAUAGUCAAUGACAACGAAACACUGCCUGAGAUAACUGCCAUAUGCUGUCAUGGCCAUAAAGUGUUUGUGGCCCUGAAGGGUGGUGGCAUUUAUGAUGUACAUCAACAAACAUCGUUGGGAGUUUUUGGUGGAAGCUCUGAGAUUAUUAAACGUCUGAAAUUAAUUGAUGGUGACAUCCUAAUUGCCACCUCCAAUGAAUUUAGUCACAUAAUUCCUCUCAACGAUAUUCCUCCGCUCUCGCCAAGUAAAUUUGUGGUAGAAUUUACCUAUCCAUUAAUGGAGAAUUUCUUUUUAAUGGCCAAUGUUUAUGGGGCCGUUGUGUUUAUGACCAAAAAUCUAAAACACCACAAUCUAAUUGAACCCCACAAAGGCCUGGCCGAUUGCGAUCUAAAGGGAAAUUUAUUGUUUUUGGGUUUCACUGAUUUUCUAGUUAGGAUCUAUACCCUAAAGGCCCAUGAAACAUUUAUCGAAUAUAAAUUAGUAUGUGAAAAACAAGAAAAUAACUGCCUGAUAACCUGUUUAACUGCCUCAGCCAAUGGACAAUUAUUUGCCGUUGGCUUAAAUAAACCUCAGACUCAGCAGUCCUACGAUGUCAACACCAUAUAUCCUCAAGACUCAAUAAAUGCCAACAGUCACAACAAUGCCAAUCACCAACAACAAGUAUCGUGUGGUGAUAUCAAUGUCUACAAAAUAAUUAACAUAGAUGAUAAGUUCACAAUUGAAAAAAUCUACUGCCUUAAAUCUCACGUAAAACCCGUGCACGAUAUGCAUUUCUCACCCUGCAACAGUGUGCUGGUUAGCAUUUCCGAACAAAUAUGUUUUUGGAACAUAACAUUUGUACUCAACAACCCACUGACUGCCAAUAAUAAGAAACGCCAUAGUUCAAGAUUUUCAUCACAACGCAGUGCCGAAGAAGUUGAUGCCACACAUGUUUUAUGUGGCGGCCGUAAAAUUCCUCCCAUGAUGCUUAACAGUGAAAUGAAAAAGAAAUCCUUUGCCAGAAGUUUCUCCAUACAGGCUUCAUUCGAUUUGGAACUCAGCGGUGAUGGUGAAGUUUUCGAAACUGUGCCGUCGGAACAAAACAAACCAAAAGAUGAUAGCUUUUGGCAAUAUCUAAGCGGUUCAGAAGAUAAGCCGGAAAUAAUGUCAUGUUAUAAACUCGAUGGCAAUGAGGCCGUGCAAUUAUUUACCAAUCGUGAUUUUAGUCAAUUCUAUACAAUCGAUGAUGAGGGUGUAUAUUAUAAUUUAAAUAUUAUACAAAUGGCAAAUAGUUCACCGAUGGUUAAAGAAAAUUCCCCUGACACAGUUGAUUUGGGUGACUAUUCGAUAGUAGAUAAUACGGCGGAGGCGGAAAAUGCUAAUAGACCAUUGUACAAAGAUAUGCAACGUUUGUCGGUGGCAUCCACCAUAUCCACCGGCCAUGAUGUUGUUGACAAUUAUCAGGCAUGA